AGUAAUAACUUCUUAGUUGUUAGUUGUUACUAAGGGAAGUCCUUUUCUCACGAUAUUGCUUACUAUAAGUUAUAACUGGAGACAGCUUUCUCUUUUUCGUGCUUGUCAAAUUCUUUCACUUUUCGAUUUUCGUAGGUUUUUCUCUCUCAUUUGAUCUUCAAGAGAACCAAACCAUGGGACAAGCUUUGGGAUGUGUUCAAGUGGACCAGUCAACUGUGGCAAUUAGCGAGAGAUUUGGAAAGUUCCAAGAUGUGCUAGAUCCCGGAUGUCACUGUGUUCCAUGGUGCCUUGGGAGCCAGUUGGCUGGUCAACUUACCUUGCGUCUACAGCAACUUGAUGUUCGCUGUGAAACCAAAACUAAGGAUAAUGUUUUUGUCACAGUGGUUGCAUCUGUGCAAUAUCGAGCACUGGCAGAAAAGGCAGCGGAUGCUUUCUAUAAGCUCAGUAACACUAGGGAACAGAUCCAAGCUUAUGUCUUUGAUGUUAUUCGUGCUAGUGUUCCCAAACUGUACCUUGACUCUGCAUUUGAGCAGAAGAAUGAUAUUGCAAAGGCUGUUGAAGAAGAGCUGGAGAAGGCCAUGUCAGCUUACGGCUAUGAGAUAGUUCAAACUCUUAUCGUGGAUAUCGAACCUGAUGUGAAUGUCAAGAGAGCAAUGAAUGAGAUCAAUGCAGCUGCUAGAAUGAGACUCGCGGCAAACGAGAAGGCUGAAGCAGAAAAGAUACUGCAAAUAAAGAGAGCUGAAGGAGAGGCAGAAGCUAAAUAUCUGUCAGGGCUGGGUAUAGCUAGGCAGCGUCAAGCUAUUGUUGAUGGGCUGAGAGACAGCGUGCUCAACUUCUCUGAGACUGUUCCUGGCACAAGUGCUAAGGAUGUCAUGGACAUGGUUCUAGUGACCCAGUACUUUGACACAAUGAAAGAGAUCGGUGCGUCAUCAAAGUCAUCCGCUGUGUUCAUUCCUCACGGUCCAGGCGCUGUAAAGGACAUUGCAACUCAAAUUAGAGAUGGCCUCCUUCAGGGAAACACAAUGGAGAGGUAGUAAGGUUAAGAUGUUGAUCUUUGCCCUCAUCAAGUUUGCUGUAUAUGUCCAGUAUGCAUUUCAAUGGAGUCAUCUUAUUCUGUGGUAAAUGAUGUAUAGAAAUUGCUUGGUGCGUUUAGAUAUGAAGAAGGGGAGGGGGGGAUUUAAUUUGGUAUUGUUCAGACAUUAUAUUGGUAUUUUGCAGCUUUGAUAGGAUUACUGAAACUGGUUUUGUUAAUGUUUGUGCUAAAUAAUCUUUCUAUUAGAUUCAGCUACUUUUGAAGCAUUUAUUAUUCCUCACUGUGA